AUGCCACUGUUUGGCUUGAAGAAUGCAAGAAAGAAGUUGUCUUCACCUUCUUUGAGCUCUUUAGGAUUAAGAAAGACGCAAUCUACAGGAAACAUUGAUGAUUCAGUUGUCAUUGUGAAAAGACAGCAUUACACUCCGUCAAAAGAAAAUACUGCAACUGUCAGCAUUCUUCGUACAAGUAGUAGUACAACACCAGAUCAAAAAAGGCCACCCACGCCGCCAUCUCAAUCAGACAUUGUAUUAGCUACCGUCAUGGAAAAUGACGAUGAUGAUGACGAUCAAAUGCUGGCCACUAAACUGAGAGAUAUUACAGCCUGCGACAUGGAUUUGCUAUUGUCUUUGGAGACUCAAGCACGCAUGGAUGUGCAAGAAGAGAAGGAAAGAAAACUUCAAGAGAUCAAUUCCUCCAUCACAUCCAAAAGACCUUCAAGAUUAAAGUUUGAUAUUCCGGUUACUCCACCGAGAUCACGAUCACCAGAUCCCAAGACAUUUCAUGCAGCCAGACAGAGACGAUGGUCUUUACCAGAAGAUACCACUCAGCAACAGCAACCAACCGAUGUUGUCGCCAAGAAAAAGGGUACUAGUAAUCGCUUGUCAAGGUGGAGCCGGCUAAUUAAGCAACAGCAGCAAGAGGAAGCUAAGAAUAAUCAGUUAAUUUACCACAGCAAUAACAGCAGUAGCAGUGAGGAUGACUGCAGCACAUCUGACAAUAGCAGCGAUGUGCAGCUAGAUAUCGUCAUUGGCUCCAAAGUCAAAUUGUUUAAGCGUCCAUUACCCAUCAUUGGUACUGUGAAAUACAUUGGUAAAGUGCAUUUUGAUACAGGAGAAUGGUUGGGAAUUGAAUUAGACAGCCGAGUUGGGAAUACGGAUGGCAAGGUGGAUGAUAAGCGUUAUUUUCAGACAAAUCUUCAUUGCGGUAUUUUUGUCAAAAAGGAGGAUACCAUUAAAGUUUAA